CGACCAUCGUCUGCGCCGAUCAUCAAUUCGGCGCUCUGCUCAGCGAGACAUGUGGCCCUGGACGCAACGCAACGCACACAUGGACAGAACAACACACAUAUCGGUCUCGGCGCAGCUCAGCGGCGGUGCAGGACAUGCAUGGUCAUAGCGACUCUUUGAUCACAAUGUCAACAUUGAAGACACACCCACCGCGCCACCAAGGCCGACAAAAACCAGUCUUGGCCUCAUAUAUAAUGCCGCGUCGCGUUCAGGUUCGUCAUCCUUACGUUUUCCCCUCCUCCAAGCCUCUCCCUCCACUAUGUCUGGAUUCCUCUGCAGCGUCAAGCUGCUCGGGCGCAAUAACGGGCGCAAGCUCAAGCGUAACGAGCGCUUUACGCAGUCAACCCCUGCGCUGAUCCCAAGCCCACUCCCAAGCCCCCAAAUCAUUGGGAGCCCGAUGGAAGCGUUUCCGGCGCCGACGCCGCGGUCGAUGGAGGAGCCCCACAAGCGCUUCUUCCCUGACGAGUACGUUCCGAAAAGUGCUUCGUCCGCGAGCCUGAACCGUGCUCGCUCUACUCCUGGGCCGACGCCAACUCCUGCUUGCUCGCACCAGCAACCAGCCCGCGCGCAGACUCCGGUCCAGGAAGGGCGCAGCCACAGUCGGACGCGCCACGUCUCCGAGUCCCAAGCCUCCGAUGUCGCGGAAGAGCUCGCCACGCGCUGCGAGAGACGCUCACCACGAACGCAGUCGACCGUCGCGGUCAGGUGUCUGCGCAUGCCGGAAGAGGAAGAGCCCCCCCUUCCGCCGCUUCCUGGUGAGUCGACGAAGCUACCGAGGGACGCCACUCGCUCGUCCAGGACGCCGACAAGCAGCGGAUACGAGCGGUCUCUGCCGCCCACGCCAAGGCAGUCUGCGUCCACGUUCAAGCAGCCUAGGGGGACACCGCUCAAGCAGUCCAUAAUGUGUGCGCGGUCUGUGUAUUCUACUUACGAAUUUGAGGCCGACGCACCGACCAUCGUCGUUACGGAGGCCCCCGAGGAGCCACGCGCCACGCCUCGCAAGAAGACCAGCAGCAAGGGCAGGGACACCAUCACAGACCACCGCGAGGCGGUCGACGGCAAGCAGCAGAAGCUUGCCCAAGGCGUCAAGCUGUGGAACGACCGCCUUUUCGACGACGCCACGACAACGCGCACUGUGUCGAUCUUCACAGAAGUGUCGUCGUUCUCGGCGUCGACUUAUGCGGAUAACGAUGUGUUGGACUCGCAUCGCUCUGUGUACGCGGAGCCGCCUGUACCGUUGCAUGUAAAGGUCCCGCGUCAGGACCGCGAGCGCGCGCAUAAGGACUACGAACCUUCGUCCAAGGCUUCAAGCUCGUCCCGGGCCUCAAGCUCGGGCCGCUCUUCCAAGGCCUCCACCAGCUCAUCCAUCCCCGAGAUGCCUCCGAUCCCGCCCAACAGCAAGACCUACCCUGUGCGGCCCCGAUCUCGGACUACGGCGCACGCGUCAGCCCGGACCACUGCGCGCUCCCGGUCGCGGACUCCCGCGCGCGCGUCUACUGCGCCAACGUUCGUCUCGACUGCGCCAACGACCGCUUCGGUCUACAGCCAGGCGUCGAUGGCGAGGUCUGAGGUGCCACCGGUGCCGCCUCUGCCUCCGGUGCCGCCUCCCAAGACCAAGCACUCUCGAUCUCGGCCUCCUAGGUCCGUGGAGGGUACGACGGUUGUGGAAUCGGUGUACAGCCAGGGGACCGCCACAUCGGACGACACCGUACGGGCCUUUAAUGCGUCUCAGUGGGAGGAUAGCCCGCCCUCGCAGUCGCACUUGAGCGUGGCGGUGAACUCGGAUCUGGACUCUGUUGUGGUUGCGCCGUGGUCGAGCGUCCUGAAUGCACCGUCGACGACUCGGGGGUCCGGUGUGGACUCUUACUACUUUGGUAACACCAGUGCACUGAUGAGCGAGAUCGGCAAGCUCGACCUGAUGCGGGACAGCUAUGGGGUGGGGGGGUCGCGGCCGCGAUCCAAGUCGCAGGGCCACACGUCGCGUCACCGAAGCGGACGAACGAAGGAAGCGGAGGGCAACUACUGAAGCGACGUGAAGAGGAACUGAAUGAAGGAGAAGUAAUCACGCAGCACUACUGACGACUGUUACGACCUUAUCCUACAUAUUCUAUGUAGCGAUACCACCAUCCUUACCCCUGUAUAUAUAUUUUGAGCUGGCUCAUGCGUUGUCCG